UGCUGCCGCGCAUGGGCAGACGGUGUGCCGGCUGGGUCAGCCUUCUUUCUUCCUCCCGAGAAGGGUGCUGCGCGGUCACGCCAAGUUUGAACCGGAAGCGGGAAUUGUGCGUGGAUAGCGGGCUGCAGCACUUGUGGCUGCGAGCAGAGGCGAGGAGAGCGGCGAUUUGGACUGCAACCACCGCCGCUUCAAGAAAUUGCACUUUGGCUGUCGUGGAGUCCUGCGUAGUUUUAAUCAACGAGCAUCUGUUGAGGCUUAAACUACUGUCGCGUGGUUUAAGAACAUGGGCUCUGCAAUCACACUGCCAGAGUUCGAAUUCUGUCAGCUGUGACUUCGCUGUACUAUCUUCCUUGUGACAAUUCUUGCCUUGUGACAAUUCUUGCCUGUGGUGAGCAUUGCAGGACGUUCGCUGCUGAUUUUACCAGACCAUGAGCUGUUUUCUGAAAUUCUGAACCAUGAGUCUAGCACUUAAUGAUCUCCUUAUUUGCUGUCGGCAACUAGAACAUGAUAGAGCUACAGAACGAAGGAAAGAAGUUGAGAAAUUUAAGCGCCUUAUUCGGGAUCCUGAAACCGUUCAACAUUUAGAUAGGCAUUCAGAUUCCAAACAAGGGAAAUACUUAAAUUGGGAUGCUGUUUUUAGAUUCUUACAAGGAUAUAUUCAGAAAGAAACAGAAAGUCUGAAAACAGCAAAACCAAAUGUAUCAGCCUCAACACAAGCCACCAGGCAGAAAAGGAUGCAAGAAAUCAGUAGCUUGGUCAAAUACUUCAUCAAAUGUGCAAAUAAAAGAGCACCCAGGCUAAAAUGUCAAGAACUCUUGAAUUAUGUCAUGGACACAGUGAAAGAUUCAUCUAACGGCGCCGUUUAUGGAGCUGAUUGUAGCAACAUAUUGCUCAAGGACAUUCUUUCAGUGAGAAAAUACUGGUGUGAAAUAUCUCAGCAACAGUGGCUAGAAUUGUUCUCUGUGUACUUCAAACUGUAUCUUAAACCUUCACAAGACAUCAAUAGAGUUUUAGUGGCUAGAAUAAUUCAAGCUGUGACUAAAGGAUGCUGUUCCCAAACUGAUGGAUUAAAUUCCAAAUUCUUGGAUUUUUUUUCAAAGGCUAUUCAGAAUGCAAGACAAGAAAAGAUCUCUACAGGUCUAAAUCAUAUCUUAGCAGCAUUUAUUAUCUUCCUCAAGACUUUGGCUGUUAACUUUCGAAUUCAAGUGUGUGAAUUAGGAGAUGAAAUUCUUUCUACUUUGCUGUAUGUUUGGACUCAGCACAGACUUAAUGAUUCCUUAAAAGAAGUAAUUAUUGAAUUAUUUCAACUGCAAAUUUAUAUCCAUCAUCCAAAGGGAGCCAAAACCCAAGAUAAAGGUGCUUAUGAAUCAAGAAAAUGGAGAAGUAUCUUAUACAACUUAUAUGAACUGCUAGUUAAUGAGAUAAGUCAUAUAGGAAGCAGAGGGAAAUAUUCUUCAGGAUCUCGUAAUAUUGCUGUCAAGGAAAACUUGAUUGAAUUGAUGGCAGAUGUUUGUCACCAGGUUUUUAAUGAAGAUACCAGAUCUUUGGAGAUUUCUCAGUCUUACACUACCACACAAAGAGAAUUUAGUGAUAAUAGUGUACCACGCAAAAAGAGGAAAAUAGAAUUAGGCUGGGACGUAAUAAAAGAUCAUCUUCAGAAAUCACAGAAUGAUUUUGAACUCGUGCCUUGGUUACAGAUUGCAACCCAAUUAAUAUCAAAAUAUCCUGCAAAUUUACCUAACUGUGAGCUGUCACCGUUAUUGAUGAUACUAUACCAGCUUCUUCCUCAACAACGACGUGGGGAACGCACACCAUAUGUGUUACGAUGCCUUACAGAAUUUGCAUUGUGUCAAGGCAAGAAGUCGAACCUAGAAAGCUCACAAAAGUCAGAUUUAUUGAAACUCUGGAUAAAAAUUUGGUCUGUUAUCUUUCGCAGUAUAAGUUCUGAACAAAUACAAGCUGAAAACUUUGGCUUACUUGGAGCCAUAAUUCAAGGGCAUUUAGUUGAGGUUGACAGAGAAUUCUGGAAGUUAUUUACUGGGUCAGCCUGCAAACCUUCAUGUCCUGCAGUAUGCUGUUUGACUUUGGCAUUGACCGUAUGUGUAGUUCCAGAAACUGUAAAAAUGGGAAUGGAGCAGAAUAUAUGUGAAGUAAAUAGAAGUUUUUCUUUAAAGGAAUUGAUAAUGAAAUGGCUCUUACUCUAUCAGUUAGAAGAUGACUUUGAAGACAGAACAGAGCUGCCUCCAAUUCUUUACAGUAAUUUUCCUCAUCUUGCACUGGAGAAAAUUCUUGUGAGUCUCACUAUGAAAAACUCUAAAGCUGUGAUGAAUUUUUUCCAGAGUGUCCCAGAAUGUGAGCAACACCAAAAAGAUAAAGAAGAGCCUUCAUUCUCAGCAGUUGAAGAACUAUUUCUUCAGACUACUUUUGACAAAAUGGAUUUUUUAACCGUUGUGAAAGAAUGUGCUAUAGAAAAGCACCAAUCCAGUAUAGGCUUUUCUGUCCACCAAAAUCUCAAGGAAUUGCUGGAUCGCUAUCUUCUGGGAUUGUCAGAACAGUGUCUAAAUAACGACUCAUCUGAGACUACAGAUACAGAAACGCUUGUCCGGUGUUCAAGUCUUUUGGUGGGUGUUCUUGGUUGCUAUUGUUAUGUGGGUGUAAUCACUGAAGAGGAAGCGUAUAAAUCAGAAUUAUUCCAGAAAGCUAAGUCUCUGAUGCAAUGUGCAGGAGAAAGUAUCACUCUGUUUAAAGAUAAGACAAAUGAGGAAUCUAGAAUUGUUUCAUUGAGAAACAUGAUGCAUCUAUGUACAAGUUGUUUAUGUAACUGUACUAAGCACACUCCAAAUAAGAUUGCAUCUGGCUUUUUCCUACGAUUGUUAACAUCAAAGCUAGUGAAUGAUAUUGCAGAUAUUUGUAGAAAUUUAGUAUCUUUUAUCAAAAAGCCACUUGACUGUGGAGAAGUAGAGUCAAAGAAAGAUGAAACUGAUGAAAGUCUAAUGGAGAUGGAGAAUCAGUCGCUCAGGAGCCUUUUUAGCGAUUACCCUGCUGGUAGUGUUAGUGAUGCAAAUGAAUCUGGAGAGAGCCAGCUUACUAUAGGUGCCAUGAGUCCUUUAGCUGAAGAACAUCUGUCAAAGCAAGAUCUACUUUUCUUAGACAUGGUCAAGUUCCUGUGUAUGUGUGUAACUACUGCUCAGACCAAUACUGUGUCAUUUAGAGCAGCAGAUAUUCGGAGGAAAUUGUUAAUGUUAAUUGAUUCUAGCAUGCUGGACCCUACUAAAUCUCUGCACCUACACACGUAUCUAGUGCUUUUAAAGGAGCUUCCUGGAGAAGAACAUCCUUUGCCAAUGGAAGAUGUUGUUGAACUUCUAAAACCACUAUCCAAUGUGUGUUCAUUGUAUCGCCGUGACCAAGAUGUUUGUAAAACAAUUUUAAACCAUGCCCUUCAUAUAGUGACAAACUUAUGUCAAGGCAGUACGGAUGCUGAGAACACAAGUGAUGCUCAAGGACAGUUUCUAACAGUGAUUGGAGCAUUUUGGCACUUAACAAAGGAGGGGAAAUGCACAUUCUCUGUAAGAAUGGCACUAGUAAAAUGCCUUAAAACUUUGCUUGAGGCUGAUCCUUAUUCCAAAUGGGCUAUUCUUAGUGUAAAGAGUCAAGACUUGCCUGUAAAUGAAGCAUUUCCACAAUUUCUUGCUGACAAUGAUCACCAAGUUCGCAUGUUGGCUGCAGAGUCGAUCAAUAGAUUAUUUCAGGAUCUGAAACAAGCAGGUUCUUCUACGUUAUUGAAAGCACUUCCUUUGAAGCUUCAACAAACAGCUUUUGAAAAUGCAUACUUGAAAGCUCAGGAAGGAAUGAGAGAAGUGUCCCACAGAGCGGAGAACCCUGACCUUUUGGAUGAGAAUUUAAAUAGAAAAGCUGUUUUACUGAUGAUGAUAGCUGUGGUUUUAUCCUGUAGCCCUGUCUGUGAAAAACAGGCUUUGUUCGCCCUAUGCAAGUCUGUGAAAGAGAAUGGAUUAGAACCUCAGCUCAUUAAAAAGGUUUUAGAGAAAGUUUCUGAAACUUUUGGAUAUAGACAUUUAGAAGACUUCAUGGCUUCUCAUUUGGAUUAUCUGGUUUGGGAAUGGCUAAAUCUUCAAGAUACUGAAUACAGCUUAUCUUCUUUUCCUUUUGUUUUAUUAAAUUACACAAAUGUUGAGGAUUUCUAUAGAUCUUGUUAUAAAGUUUUGAUUCCACAUCUGGUGAUUAGAAGUCGUUUUGAUGAGGUGAAAUCCAUUGCUAAUCAGAUUCAAGAGGAUUGGAAACAUCUUCUAACAGACUGCUUUCCAAAGAUUCUUGUCAAUAUUCUUCCUUACUUUGCCUAUGAGAGUACAGGAGAAAGUGGGAUGGCACAGCAAAGAGAGACUGCUACCAAAGUCUAUGAUAUGCUUAAAGAUGAGAACUUACUAGGAAAACAGAUUGACCAUUUAUUCGUUACUAAUUUACCAGAGAUUGUGGUGGAGUUACUGAUGACAUUACAUGAACCGGCAACUUCUGGUGCCAGCCAGAGCACUGACCUCUGUGACUUUUCAGGGGAUUUGGAUCCUGCUCCUAAUCCACCUCAUUUUCCAUCACAUGUGAUUAAAGCUACAUUUGCCUAUAUCAGCAAUUGCCAUAAAACCAAGUUCAAAAGCAUUUUAGAAAUUCUUUCUAAAAGCCCUGAUUCCUAUCAGAAAAUUCUUCUAGCCAUAUGUGAACAAGCAGCUGAGACAAACAACGUUUAUAAAAAGCACAGAAUUCUUAAAAUAUACCACCUGUUUGUUAGCUUAUUACUGAAAGACAUAAAAACUUGCUUAGGAGGAGCCUGGGCCUUUGUUCUUCGAGAUGUUAUUUAUACUUUAAUUCAUUAUCUCAACAAAAGGCCUUCUCGGUUCAUGGAUGUGUCGUCACGUAGCUUCUCCCUCUGUUGUAACCUAUUGAGCCAGGUUUGCCACACAGCAGUAACUUACUGUAAGGAUGCUUUAGAAAAUCAUCUUCAUGUUAUCGUUGGUACACUUAUACCCCUUGUGGAUGAUCAGAUGGAGGUUCAGGAACAGGUAUUGGACUUGUUGAAAUACUUGGUGAUAGACAACAAAGAUAAUGAAAACCUCUAUGUCACGAUUAAACUUCUAGAUCCUUUUCCUGAUCAUGUUGUCUUUAAAGAUUUACGUAUUACUCAGCAGAAAAUCAAAUACAGUAGAGGACCCUUUUCACUCUUGGAGGAAAUUAACCAUUUUCUCUCAGUAAGUGUUUAUGAUGCACUUCCAUUGACAAGGCUUGAAGGAUUGAAGGAUCUUAGAAGACAACUAGAACAACAUAAAGAUCAAAUGAUCGAGCUUAUGAAAGCAUCUCAGGAUAAUCCGCAAGAUGGCAUAAUGGUGAAGCUAGUUGUCAGCUUGUUGCAGUUAUGCAAGAUGGCAAUAAACCACACUGGUGAAAGAGAAGUUUUAGAGGCUGUUGGAAGCUGCUUGGGAGAAGUAGGUCCUAUAGAUUUCUCUACGAUAGCUAUACAGCAUAGUAAAGAUACAUCUUAUGCCAAGGCCCUUCAGUUAUUUGAAGAUAAAGAACUACAGUGGACCCUCAUAAUGCUGACUUACCUGAAUAAUACACUGAUAGAAGAUUGUGUCAAAGUGCGAUCAGCUGCCGUUACGUGUUUGAAAAAUAUUUUAGCCACAAAGACUGGACAUAAUUUUUGGGAGAUUUACAAGAUGACAACUGAUCCCAUGCUGGUCUAUCUACAGCCUUUUAGAACAUCGAGGAAAAAGUUCUUAGAAAUAUCCAGACUUGAUAAAGAAAACCCUUUAGAAGGCUUGGAUGAUACAAACCUAUGGAUUCCUCAAAAUGAAAGUCAUGACAUUUGGAUAAAGACACUGACUUGUGCUUUUUUGGAUAGUGGAGGCACCAAAAGUGAAAUUCUUCAAUUAUUAAAGCCAAUGUGCGAGGUGAAAACUGACUUUUGUCAGACUGUGCUUCCAUAUUUGAUUCAUGAUAUUUUACUUCAAGAUACAAAUGAAUCUUGGAGAAAUCUGCUUUCUACACACAUUCAGGGAUUUUUCACUAGCUGUUUCAGACACUCCUUACAAACGAGCCGAUCCACGACCCCUGCGAAUUUGGAUUCAGAGUCAGAGCAUGUUUCCCGAUGUUGUUUGGAUAAAAAAUCACAAAGAACAAUGCUUGCUGUUGUGGACUACAUGAGGAGACAAAAGAGAUCUUCUUCAGGAACAGUGUUUGAUGAUGCUUUCUGGCUAGAGUUGAAUUAUCUAGAAGUUGCCAAGGUAGCUCAGUCUUGUGCUGCUCACUUUACAGCGUUGCUCUAUGCAGAAAUCUAUGCAGAUAAAAAAAACGUGGAUGAUCAAGAGAAAAGAAAUCUUACAUUUGAAGAAGGAAGCCAGAGUACAACUAUUUCUAGUUUGAGUGAAAAAAGUAAAGAAGAAACUGGAAUAAGUUUGCAGGACCUGCUCUUAGAAAUCUACAGAAGUAUAGGGGAGCCAGAUAGUCUGUAUGGCUGUGGUGGAGGGAAAAUGUUACAACCCCUUACUAGACUAAGAACAUAUGAACAUGAAGCAAUGUGGGGGAAAGCCCUUGUAACAUAUGACCUUGAGACAGCAAUCUCUUCAUCAACCCGCCAGGCAGGAAUAAUUCAGGCCUUGCAGAAUUUGGGACUCUGCCAUAUUCUUUCUGUUUAUUUAAAAGGAUUAGAUCAUGAAAAUAAAGAGUGGUGUGCUGAACUACAGGAACUUCAUUACCAAGCAGCAUGGAGAAAUAUGCAAUGGGACGACUGCAUUUCUGUCAACAAAGGAAUAGAAGGAACCAGUUACCACGAAUCAUUGUACAAUGCUUUGCAGUCUCUAAGAGACAGAGAAUUCUCUACAUUUUAUGAAAGUCUCAAAUAUGCCAGAGUAAAAGAAGUGGAGGAGUUAUGUAAGGGUAACUUUGAGUCUGUGUAUUCACUGUAUCCCACACUUAGCAGAUUGCAGGCCAUUGGAGAGCUCGAAAACAUUGGGGAGCUUUUCUCAAGAUCAAUUACAGAUAGGCAACUCUCUGAAGUAUAUAUUAAGUGGCGGAAACACUCUCAGCUUCUCAAAGACAGUGAUUUUAGUUUUCAGGAGCCUAUCAUGGCUCUACGCACAGUCAUUUUGGAGAUCUUGAUGGAAAAGGAAACGGUGAACUCCCAAAGAGAAUGUUUUAAGGACAUUCUCACCAAGCACCUUGUAGAGCUCUCCAUACUAGCCCGAACUUUCAAGAACACUCAGCUCCCUGAAAGGGCAAUAUUUCAAAUUAAGCAGUUCAGUUCAACUAGUUGUGGAGUCUCUGAGUGGCAGCUGGAGGAAGCACAAGUAUUCUGGGCAAAAAAGGAGCAGAGUCUUGCCCUGAGUAUUCUCAAGCAAAUGAUCAAGAAGUUGGAUGCCAGUUGUUCAGAGACUGAUCCCAACCUAAAACUUAUAUACACAGAAUGUCUGAGGGUUUGUGGUAACUGGUUGGCAGAAACUUGCUUAGAAAAUCCUGCAGUCAUCAUGCAGACCUAUCUAGAAAAGGCAGUGGAAGUUGCUGGAAAUUACAAUGGAGAAAGCAACGAUGAGCUCAGAAAUGGAAAAAUGAAGGCAUUUCUCUCAUUAGCACGGUUCUCAGAUACUCAGUACCAGAGAAUUGAAAACUACAUGAAAUCAUCAGAAUUUGAAAACAAACAAGCUCUCCUGAAAAGGGCCAAAGAGGAAGUGGGCCUUCUUAAGGAACAUAAAAUUCAGACCAACAACAGAUACACAGUGAAGGUUCAGCGAGAACUGGAACUGGAUGAAUGUGCACUACAGGCACUGAAAGAGGAUCGUAAACGUUUCCUCUGUAAAGCAGUUGAAAAUUACAUCAAUUGCUUAUUAAGUGGAGAAGGACAUGAUACGUGGAUAUUUCGUCUUUGUUCCCUCUGGCUUGAAAAUUCUGGAGUUCCUGAAGUCAAUGAAAUGAUGAAGGAAGAUGGAAUAAAGAUUCCAUCAUACAAAUUUUUGCCUCUUAUGUACCAGUUGGCUGCUAGAAUGGGGACCAAGAUGAUGGGAGGUCUAGGAUUUCAUGAAGUCCUCAAUAAUCUCAUCUCUAGAAUUUCAACGGAUCACCCUCAUCAUACUUUGUUUAUUAUACUGGCCUUAGCAAAUGCAAACAAAGAUGAAUUUUUGACCAAACCAGAGGCAGCAAGGAAGAGUCGAAUAACUAAAAAUUCACCUAAACAAAAUUCUCAACUUGAUGAGGAUCGAACUGAGGCUGCAAACAAAAUAAUACGUACUAUCAAAAGUAGGAGACCUCAGAUGGUCAGAAGUGUUGAGGCACUUUGUGAUGCUUAUAUUAUAUUAGCAAACCUUGAUGCCACUCAGUGGAAGACUCUGAGAAAAGGCAUAACUAUUCCAGCAGACCAGCCAAUUACUAAACUUAAGAAUUUAGAAGAUGUGAUUGUCCCUACUAUGGAAAUUAAGGUGGAUCCCACAGGAGAAUAUGGAAAUCUGGUGACUAUUCAGUCAUUUAAAGCAGAAUUUCGUUUAGCAGGAGGUAUAAAUUUACCGAAAAUAAUUGAUUGUUUGGGCUCUGAUGGCAAGGAAAGGAGACAGCUUGUCAAGGGCCGCGAUGACCUGAGACAAGAUGCUGUCAUGCAGCAGGUUUUCCAGAUGUGCAAUACACUACUGCAGAGAAACACUGAGACCAGGAAGAGGAAACUGACUAUCUGCACAUAUAAGGUGGUUCCCCUUUCUCAGCGAAGUGGUGUUCUUGAGUGGUGCACGGGAACUGUCCCUAUUGGUGAAUUUCUUGUUAAUAAUGAGAAUGGUGCACAUAAAAGAUACAGGCCAAAGGAUUUCAGUGCCCUUCAAUGUCAAAAGAAAAUGAUGGACAUACAAAAGAAGUCUUAUGAAGAGAAAUAUGAAACCUUCAUGGAUAUUUGCCAGAAUUUUCAACCAGUUUUCCGCUACUUCUGCAUGGAAAAAUUCUUGGACCCAGCUGUUUGGUUUGAGAAACGAUUGGCCUAUACUCGCAGUGUGGCUACUUCUUCUAUUGUUGGUUACAUACUUGGACUUGGUGAUAGACAUGUACAGAAUAUCUUGAUAAAUGAGAAGUCAGCAGAACUUGUACAUAUAGAUUUAGGAGUUGCUUUUGAACAGGGUAAAAUCCUUCCUACCCCUGAAACAGUUCCUUUCAGACUCACCAGAGAUAUUGUGGAUGGGAUGGGCAUCACUGGUGUGGAAGGUGUCUUCAGAAGAUGCUGUGAGAAAACCAUGGAGGUUAUGAGAAACUCGCAGGAAACCCUGUUAACCAUUGUAGAGGUCCUCCUGUAUGACCCUCUCUUUGACUGGACCAUGAAUCCUUUGAAAGCUUUGUAUUUACAGCAAAGGCUAGAAGAUGAAACUGAGCUCCACUCAACGCCAAAAGCAGAUGACCAGGAAUGCAAACGAAAUCUCAGUGAUAUUGACCAGAGUUUCAACAAAGUCGCUGAACGUGUGUUGAUGAGACUACAAGAGAAACUGAAAGGAGUAGAGGAAGGAACCGUGCUCAGUGUGGGUGGGCAGGUGAAUUUGCUCAUACAACAGGCCAUGGACCCCAAAAAUCUCAGCCGACUUUUCCCAGGAUGGAAAGCUUGGGUGUGAUACUCAACAUACGAAUUACCCUUGAAUUCAACCAUCAGAAAAUAUUUUUUGGCCUUCACCCACAUACUCUGAAUAGGUGUUAAUAUUUAACUUAGUGAACUACUUUUUGGUGUUUAAAAAAAAAAUGUUUUAAUACUUGCUUUAGUCACCUAAAGAUGCUUUGAUAAUCUCAAGGAACAUCUAUUCUCUCACACUUUAGAAAUAAGUGUCAUUCAUGCUCUAUUUCUAGGCUAAACAUUUAUUUUUUUUCUUAAAGUACAUACUUGUAUCAUUUUCAGUAGAAUCACUGUCUUACGCUUUAGCUAAAAAUGGAAACAGCAGGAAUACAGGAAUGUCACUGACGGUUUUUCCUUUAGGAAUUAGAACAAAUAAAUACACUGCUAGUUUUGAGAUGUCUUUUAAUUAAAAUUUAUUUCCCAGGUAUUAUAUGAAUUAUAAAUUAUUUGAUAAUUAAUAUAUAAAAGGAAGAAAAAACUUUAAAAUUAUAACUAUAUGUCAUGGUAAAGCUCCCUUAAAAAUAAGAAGCAAUGUUGAAAACAAAUUAGCAUUUAAGAAAUAGGUUUGGAUUUUCAGUAAUAAGAUCACCCAGUGUUAGUGAAUAAUAAAGUUGUUAUGUUAUAGAGAACAAACUUCUAAGACACAGUUAGUAUGAUUACUAUUUUUAAAAGAGAUAUAUUGGUUCUGUAGUUCUGUUCUCUUUAUCUUUUAACCCCUUCUGUGUUUUCCAUUAAUCUUUCUGUGAUGCCUUCAUAUCUGUCUCCUAGUGCAUGAAUUCUGUUGUCGGCUACGUAUAAUCUUUUUAAACUAGUCAUUGGGUUUUUCUUUUAAAUUUUUUUAAUUUCUAGCGAUGUAUCAUUCUUCGGAUCUGCCUGUUGUUUCAUAAUGUCUAGUGUUUUUUUAUUUUCCAAUUCCUUUUAUAUAAAGUCACUAAUCACUUUAAACAUCCCUAUUUUAUGGUCUCUCUGAUAGCUGUAUCAAGUUCUUGUUUGUUGAUUCUUAGGUAGACUGUUUAUCUGUGUGUUUUGUAAUUUUGAAAGGUGAGCUUAUUUUCAGAAGUGUUUUCUCUGUGGAAAUCUUGCAUGGGUUAACAAUAAUCCCUUCCAGAUAAGUUCUGUGUCUCCUUAUGUCAUAUUCCCAGAGCUAUCACUGACAAAGGACCACUGUUAUUUAAUUUCUUGGCUUCGGGGUUUCUAGACCUCAAGGGUAGUCUGAAUUACCAAAGAAGACUCCCAGGCCAGGACUCCUCAUCUCCGCGUGCCAGUUUUAUUGACUCCACAUUCACUGAUGUGACACUGAUGGUGUCAGCUUCCAUGUGUCACACCCUUACGGUGGCUGUGAGAGGAGGUGGAUUUAAUUCCUAUGUGCUGCCUUUGGAAGUCCAAGGUUUCAUCAGUCCCCUUCUAGUUGUUAAAGCUGAAACCCAUAGGUUAAUGAGAUUGGCAAGUUGUGCUGGGACAGCUAGAAUAUCAGCUCACACAUUUUUCUUUCUGGUUUUCAGUUCCCUUCAUUUUUGGCCCUAAGGAUUUCCCCUUUCUUGUCAGUUCUGUACAUUUAAAAGAAUGUUUCUUACAUGUUGUCCAGCAUUUCUGUGUUUUGUUGGAAAAGAAAGGUUUAGCUAUCAAGUUUGAUAUGUAGCUAGAAAUGGAACACUUUUCUGUCCCCAUAUACUGUCAGCAGAUACAAAAGUAAAACUGCAAACUUGUGUAUUACUGAAUAUAAUCCCUCCUCCUUUCUUAGGAAAAUGUUUAUCUUAGCUAUAAGAGAUUAAGAUAUGCAUGACUGAACUUUGCUCUUAUUUGUGCCUUGGGUAACCAAUUUAGGUAAACAGUUUUUUCUUAGGAAGGGCUAGCAUUUCUGUCUUUUGUCAAUGAGAAGAACGCACUCAUAUCUCAUCUCGCACCUUCCCCUCCCUCUAAAAACAGUCUCCAGAACUUUGUGAAUUAUAAAUUUCUUGGUUUGGUUUCUGGAGAACUGUUCUUAAAAUUAUUUUGCAUUUUAAAUUACAAACUUAUCUUGGUAUCUCUUUCUUAUAUGCUGCCUUAAUGAAUAUUUGGUAUAUAUUGGUAGUUUUAUUACUGUAGUGGAUCAAGGGAAUGUAAUAAACUUAGAAUGUUUUUAUUCAAGAAAGCCAUGAAAUCUUCAUGCAUGAAUAAGAAAUUAUCAAUUAGAUGAUAGUAUAGGUAAAUGAAUUUGUAAUUAAUUCUUGCUAAUUAAGGUAGCCCUAUUUGAAUAACACCAUGAAACCACUCUUCAACCUUGAAUGGUGUGCCAUCAGGCUCCUGUCCUAUUCAAAUGUUCUUAUUACUGACUUUGAAAAGUCAACCAAAUUUGCAAGUAACAAAUCUGGGAGAAUAGCUAAUUCACGGGUGAUAGAAUUAGGAUUCUAAAAGAUUUUGACAAGCUGGAGCACUGUCUGGAAAUGAAUAGGAUAGAAAUUUACCAGAAACAAAUGAGUAGUGAUUAGGUUUCUAAAAUAUUAAUCAUAGAAUAUGAUUGUAUGCUGAGCACCUGACAUACAUUAUAUGCAGCAUCUCUUGCAAGAUGAGUGGUGUUAUCCCAAUUUACACCUGGAGAAAGUGAAUUUUGGAGAAAUAAGGUAACUUCUCCAAGGCCAGAAUAUAGCACAUGAAAGGUACAAGUUUAUGGACAAUCCCUAAUUUGAAAAACUUUCAAGUGAAAGAAAUUUGGGCUUCACCAGUCAGUUGCUCAUAAGGUCAGUAGAAACCAAGUAGAGAAGCUACUAGAAAAGCUAAUAAACUAGACAGAUUGAACAGCUGUAUCCAGAUUAAGGGAGCUAAUAGCCCUCCCACCAUUCUCUGUGCUAGUCAUAGCACCCCAAAGAAUCUCCCUAAUCAGUGAGCACAUAAAUCCAUGGUCAUUAUAGUGUAUGCUUAAAAUAUAUGCAAUUAGAAAUGCUAAAAAUUUAAAGUGUCUGAAACAAAAGCAAAAAGGGAACACAUUGGACUUAUUAAAGAUUAAAGUAGGUUAGUCUUUAAAAAAAUAGAAAGCUAGUAUAUUGGCUUGAAAUACAGAUAUGUGUCAUUUCAUGUAUUUUUAUAGCACUUUAAUGAAAUUAUAUAUUUCAUGUGGAUUUAUUUUAGUACUAUUGAAUGUAUUUCUUUGUUCUGUUCUUACCAGAAUCC